ACAUUUAUAAAUAUUACUAUAAAAAAUUACAGUUUAUUCAUAAAAUACGAAUAAAAUAUAAAAACGUUAUAUUUUAUUUACAAUAACAUCGUUGUAACAGCAUGAUAUGAUUUUAUGUUUUUUGAGUGUUAUUAUAUUAUUAUUAUUAUUACUUGCGAAAUCGUCGAGAGUCAACUCGGGAGUAAACAAGAUUUUGCAAUGCCAAUUAGAGGAACACGCUGCUAAUUCGAUUUACUUGUGCCUUUUUAGUACCGCGGAUUGUUUAAUUAUCGCCAAAUCGUUAUCUGUUUCGUAACUUCUGACGUGCCUCUUCGCUCUUUCACGAUGAUUUACGCGACGUUUCGCACCCGCCACGGUCACUCUCCUCGUCGUCUUCGCAAACCCGUUUGACUCACAUUCGCCUCCAGAAGCCGUUUCGUGACUUUAAUGCGUGUGAGACGUCUCGCAUAUCUAUGUAUGCUGAAUAAUGUGUACGAAUUAUAUCGCAAUGUUCUCAAAUGGUGAAAGAGAGAGAGAGAGAGAGAGAGAGAGAGACACACACAGAGUCGUAUCUAUCAUCGCGAGGGUCGCAAUCUGUCCACCGCGUGUUAAUAGCGUUUCUGUGUAACAACUUGUCGCGAAAAAAAAAAAAUCACGAGAUAGCAAUUCCGUGCGGCGGGAUGCACUAAUGGCUGAUGGACCGAUUGUUUUAUGAUAUAACGUUUUGCCCUCUUGAAUUUGCGAUAACAAACCAUCCCCUUUUAACACCGCGCCACUUCUUUGGUCUCGUCCCAUUGUUUUUCCAUCGGAAAAGAGGACACCAUGGCUAGAAUGAGCCUCUUUCCAUAAACGUACGUGCGAAAGAAGGCUACUUGGCCUUGACGCUAAUCGAUAAUUAUGCGAGUGUCUCCGAAGUAAUAAAUAACUACGAAUUUAUAAAGUACUUUUUAGCCUUCUCUUUUUAUUAGAGGAAGAGACCCCGCGCGGGGCUCACGAGCGAUCGCUUAGAUCGCCGAUUAAUCCGUCGUUGAUUUAUUGGCGCAGCCCUUAAUCGCGAGGUACACCACUACUUGUACGAUAAUACAGCGAUUACUUUACGACAGUAUAAAUAUAGAUAUUUAAAUUAGGAGAGAAUCAAGUGAGGGGAGGGAGAGAGAGCUCCUUUGAAUCCCGAUUAAGUCGGCUCGGCGUCACUAAUACUUCACCUCGCUUGCUCAAAUUAACGGCCGGCGAUUACGGAUUCCGAUUCAUAAUAUUCCAUUUUUUUUUUCUUUUCCCGCCUGAGCUUAGGUAACAUAAGAAAAUUUAUAUUUCUAUGGUAUUAACUCUUCUCUCCCCCUUUCCCUCUCUCUUUCUUCUCCGUCCUCAUCUCUCUGUUUCGCUAGAGGUGGCAUUGAACCCGACGCAACAUUUUAAGCGCCUUUAUAAUCCAGCCUGCUAAUCACGCUCGAGGCGGGUAUCCGUGCGCUGUAUCGAGACGGGAGAAUCGAAUGUGCCGUGGGUAUAUGGCAUUCAAGCGCACCUACACAGAGACGCGCGGUAAUGCAAUUAGCCGGCCGGCGACCGCUACGCUCGAAUUUGAAUACCCGUCCACCGCCCCGGGCCCCCCGGGGGGGGGGGGCCUUUGUUCUCCUGGCAAGCGUUUCUCGUCACCGUCGAUCACCGGGCGUUCGCCUCCGCGCAUGUAUUCAAAGCUUUCUAGUGCCAGGAAAGCCGUGAAGAAAAAGAGGAAGAAAAAGUGGAGAGAGUUAGAGGCUCGCGUCUGCACCGCGUGUUUUCAUUCACCAUCAUUCGACGGACCAUCCCAUCGUAUUCUUUUCUGUGCAAUAUACGUUGGCGACAGAUUCGAGCAAAACAUUGGAUAUAGAUUCAAGGGAUAGUGCACUAAUUGCGCUCUCUGGUCCCUCAUCAUAUCUUCUCAUACUCUUGCUCUCUUCCAUGGCCGGGGACUUAACAUACAGCUAAUUAUGCUGUGCGCAUCGACUUCACUUAAUUAGAGGUGGAAAAUUGCUGCGUCGCAGGACGCGCUGAUCUCGAGAUAUGCGAUGUCCGAAAGUACGAUGCAAGGCGACGCAGAAGAAAAACGCGGCCUGCGGACUGUUCUAAAACAAGUUCUAUCCCUUUCACUCGCGGCGCACUUUUAAACUUUCCAAGAUCCCUCUCUUUUGGCGGGGGAAAAAAAAAAAUAAAUCGAUAAAUUGACCAAACCCGCAAGUUCAAGGUGAAUCAUUGCCCCUCAGGUAGGGUGCCUUAUUUUUGGAGGAUCCGUCCGUCGAAGAUCUGUUCACAUUAUUGCAAACGUCAGGCAUGCAACCUGCGUUUGGAUAGUUGUGAAGUACACGACGUCUUCCUCCAGUGGUAAUUCGUAUUGCUCAACCUGGAAACCCUUGAACCCCUGAACCGCCGCCGUCCGCGCGAGCGAGUAAAUUGCUACUUACAGAUGAGAAGAUAUCGCCGACUAAUGGAUCGCUCGGUAAACCGCGAUCAAGCGAACGAUAUUCCCCAGCUGUACGAUUGCGGGACCAUAACAUAUUUCUUGUGGUAUGCGAUCGAUGAUGACUCGUUUCGGCAGGGGGUUCCAUAUCAACGUUGAUCAUCAAGGACGAUGACGAGUCUCCACCAACGUUUCUUCUUCGUCGUAGCUUCUCUCGUCAUUAGCUUCCGUCAUUCAAUAAUCAGUGUAAUUCUGUAAUAAAUAAACUGUCCAUAAUUUUAUGGUAGUAUUAACCAGAUAGCAACGUAUCUGCAUUAUUGCUAUGUUGCUCGCGAUCAUAAUAUGUGUUGCUAUCAGAAUUGUAGCAACUGUACUUCUUUAGCAAAUUGUAGCAAAUUGAUGUUUUUGUAGCAACUUGACUGUUUAUUGUAGCCAAAAAUUGUCUAAUUCAUGCUGUUGCCAUAAUAAUUUUUUCAAUCAAGCAAUGCUGCUUGUACAUUGCUUCAACGUCAAUAUAUUCGAAAUCAUUGAAGAUAAAUGUACGACAAGCAUCGCCGUUGAAACAGUUACAGAUUUGCGUAAUUUUGCUUAUAGCCGCGCUUAGUUAUCUGGAAAUGUGCGAUUGCGAAAUCAAUCACUGUAUUCUGAUGAGGUUUAAAAAAUUAUUUAUUACGACGCGAGCGAGAGAUCACAUAAUAAUGACAGCGUCCCAUCUAAUAUGUAAAUUCGCUAGCUUUAAAAAUUCGCGACCGUUAUCUAAUGACAAAAAUUCUUUCUAACGUAUAUGCGUAUUCGUAUUUUCAAUAUGGUCCGUUAAUAUCCUAAAGCAAAGUUUUGAAGAUCUUGUAUUGUGAAGUUAAGGAAUAUAUAGGAUAAUAAAAUGUAUAUAUAGGAUAAUAAAAAGAACCGGUUGUUUUUCUAAACAGAUUCCUUGACCAGUCUGGAAUCGAUUUCCUUAUCGGGAAUGUCUGUAAUUUUCGAGUUGUAAAAUAACUCGAAAUAAACAACAAAUGGGCUUUGUCUUUGAAAGAAAAGGUAAACAAUAACUCUCUGCAAAUCAGUGUCUAUUACAUUUGUCGUGGAACAAACGCAUACAGAAAAGAUGCGCGUGUAAAUAAUGCAUGUCUAAUUCGUAUCCAUUAUAGUUUAUUCAGGAGGGUAUUUCGCGGCAGUAGUCGCAAAUAAAAAAAAGUCCUUAGAUUAAACAUUAAGGGCAUUGUUGCUAGAGCGUUAAUACUCAAAGUAAGUAAUUACUCACCAACUGAAGAGGAAUAAAUUACUAUAAGAGAGAAUAUUAUCAGCAGGACCCAGGACUUCCUCGGCGAGUCCUCGCGCGGGGGUUCAUCGCUCGCCGUCGCCGGCGGACCUGUGACCACCUGAGGGAAAAAGCGAUCCAAAUCAAUGGACUGAGAUUUCGAAGUUGGGCCAGAUCUCGACCCGGGGCGUGUAUACGCGGGAGAAUGAGAAGUCAUGCUCCUCUCGUGGUCAAGGUCGUCGCAGAGCGGGGGCUUAGGCAGGCAGGAUGGCGGGGCCAUCCUCCUUGGAUGGAGGAGUAGGUAUAUAUGGACGUCCUCGCGCGUCCGGAAUACCAGAUUGUUGGCCCUCCCCGCCGUUCUCGGUGGUGUCUUUUAAAAUUCAUCGCGCGCACACCUCCCGAGGAGACCCCGGCGGGCCCCGUUUCCGUGCGGUUAGAUCGCGCGCCGCGAACGGACAAGUGCUUCAUCGAGCCAUCCUGUCAGUGACAGUUCAUACGCAUCGGUGCCGCGGAAGAGAAAUCAGGAAGGUCCGUUUGUAACACACCUAACGUCGAUUCGCGAUCGCGGCGAAAAAGUUUCCCGAGGUUACCCGAGCUCCGAAGACGGGAAACUGGCAAGACCUGGUGGUGCGGUGUAAAUUCGUCAACAUCGCUUCUUAGAGAUCACAAUAUUUGCCACGGCCAAAUGCUGUAAAGCUUCGAAAGAGGAAGAAAAAGGAUCUUCGAAAAAGCUACCACUCCAAACAAUACAAAUAUCAAUGCGAGCCAUGGCCGCUUGGAUUAUCUUGACCUGGCUGGUGGGUUUAUCGUUGGCCGUUCCUUCUAAUCGAGUACCGGUCCGGGAGAUCCAGCCUCCCCCGCCGCCAUGGGACCAUCAGCAUCAGCGGCAGCGGCAGCCACACAGGUCUCUUCCCACCUUCCGGAGAGACGCCGUCGAAAGCUCGCCGGUCCUGCCGACCUCCGGCCGCCUGUCGAAUGAUUUAGAUUACGAUGAGUUCGGCUCGCACAGGUAUCCCCUGCGCGACGCGGUCGAAUCUCUGCCGGCCAACGUGCUGAACGUUAAGCCGAAUCCGACAUUCCUAAACGACUUCGAGAGCGACAGCAGAAGAUUGCCGUUGAGAGACGCGGUGGAGCAUCGCGAGGCGCCAUUUUUCGGCGUCGAUUUGGAUCACGAGUCGAUCUGGAUCGAGCCCGUGGCACCGCCGACCUUGCGAAGAACGCAGCAGAUUCUCGAACCCAAAAUAGUCUGCCGCUUCAACUCCGAUGCCGUUCACAGACCGGAACCGUUCUCCUUGUAUCCGCAAAAUGUGCCGGACUACAAGUGCACCCAUCUGGUAUACUCCAAAGCUAUCAUCGACAGAAAAGAUUCCGUUGUUCCCGGCGAUCCAGAGUAUGAUCGAGUUAAAGGCGGAUACAACGCUGCCACAGGAUUACGUUUGAAGGACCCAGCGCUCCGUGUGCUGAUAUCCAUCCAGCCGAAUCGACAUCGCAGCCUGGUUAUUCAACGAAACGCCAAUCUCUCGACCAACUUUCCGUUACGGGAAUCUAUUCUCAAAUUUCUCGAGGAAUACCGCUUCGACGGCGUCGAGCUCGAUUGGCCGACCGCCGCCUCGGACUGGCCGCAAUUUAAGAUUCUGCUGAAGUUGAUCGGUGCCCCGUUAGCCAAAAAGGGAUACACUCUCGCGGUAGCGCUGAAACCGGAGGAUCCCGUGGAUUCGGAACUCGUGUCGAUCGUCGAUUUGAUAAUCCUGAAAAGCUGGCGGGACGUUCAGUCGGCUUGUUCCACUUGCGAAAGAACGGAGCGCCACGUUCUUCAUCCCGGCCCCUUGAGCUUCAUCGUGCGAAACGCAAGCAAGUGGAUCGAGCAGGUCAGCGCCGAGCAACGAUCGAAGAUUGUCCUCGCCAUCCCGAUUUUUGGUCAGGGUUACACCCUGAAGUUCAGUAAUCGCACCGACGUCGGUGCGCCCGCUCAGGAACCGGGCAAAGAGGGUGCUUACACUAAAUGGCGAGAUGGAAAAUUGGCUUAUUACGAGGUGUGCGAGAAACUGGAAAGAGGUUUAUGGAUCUCUGGUAGGGACGAGGAAGGACCGUACGUGAAGCAGGGCGAUCAGUGGAUCGGUUAUGAUGAUCCUAUAUCGGUUAAGAUUAAAACGGCGUUCGUCCGGGCGAUGGGACUCGGCGGGGUUUCACUGUGGUCACUGGAUCUAGACGACUUUCAGGGUAUCUGCGGAAAUCCUUGGCCGAUGCUGAACGCCGCAGCGCGAUCCUUAGGAUAUUACGAAAAUGCUCCAGCAAAGAAAUGUCCGAAGGACGGUCUCUUCAGGGACCCAGAAAACUGUUCUGCGUUUUAUGCCUGCGUCAAAGGAGUGCAGCAUCAUCGUCACUGCGGGCACGGUCGAUUCUUUGAUCUGACGGAGAGGCAAUGUGUGAGGGCCACCGCGGCGGGGACACUAGAGAUCUGCAAGCCCAGUGUUUCCGAUAAAAUCGUCGGCCAAAAUACAACAUCGUCGAAAAAGAAAUUAAAGCAGACCGGUCCGCGCGUGGCAUGUUACAUGACAUCCUGGGCACUCUAUCGCAAAGGAGACGGCAAAUUCGUGCCGGAACACCUGGACUCGAGUCUCUGCACCGAUAUUAUCUACGCCUUUGCGGGAUUGAAUCCAGAGACGCUGUUGACUCAACCGUUCGACCCUUGGGCCGACAUCGAAAAUAACUUGUACCAGCGAGUAACCUCGAUCAAAGAGUCGAGAAUAUUACUGGCAUUAGGUGGGUGGACCGAUAGUUCCGGCGAUAAAUAUUCCCGAUUGAUCAGUAGCGGCGUCGCACGUCGUAAGUUCAUCAUUUCCACGGUGAACUUCCUGAAGAAGCAUAAUUUCGACGGUCUGUCACUCGAAUGGAGCUACCCCAAGUGCUGGCAGAGUGACUGCAAGAAAGGCCCGGAUUCCGACAAGCCAAACUUCACUAAGCUGGUGCGGGAAUUGAGAGAGGAGUUCAACAGGCAGGAUCCACCCCUUCUCUUGGCCGUUGCCCUGUCGGGGUACAAAGAGGUCAUCGACCAGGCGUACGAAGUGCGCGAAAUCUCGCAGACUGUCGAUUUCAUGUCGGUCAUGACGUAUGAUUAUCACGGAGCGUGGGAAUCCAAGCUGGCACACAUAGCACCCUUGUUCGGGUUACCAACCGACAGCAAAUAUUAUUACAACGUCAAUUUUACCAUGAACUAUCUCGUGGGUCUUGGCGCUGAGAAAUCCAAGCUUCUAGUCGGUAUCCCGCUAUAUGGACAGUCUUAUCGACUCUCGAAGCCGAGCCAAGCCGAUCUGGGUGAUCCCACGACCGGCCCCGGCAAGCCAGGAGAAUUCACCAAGCAACCUGGAAUGUUGGCGUAUUAUGAAAUCUGCGAGAGAAUCAAGCAACGCAAAUGGAAAGUAGGAGUUGGUCCAAGUGCUUACUUUGAGGACCAGUGGGUAGGUUACGAGGAUCGAGAGAGUGUUUACGCUAAGGGCAAAUACAUCAUAGGAAAUGGCUUUGGUGGAGCUACAAUGUGGACCGUCGACCUAGACGAUUUUCAGAAUUUUUGCUGUUUAGAAUCGUAUCCUCUAUUGAAAACCAUAAAUCGUGCUCUAGGUCGCUUGUCGAUUCCCAUUUCGGAAAGCUGCGAACGUCCACCGCAACCAGUGACACCUCAAGCACCGACCCUAACUACUCACAGUGACGCCGCGGACGGCAAUCCUCAACCUACCACGCCAAUGACAACGUCUACCACGUGGCCCACGUGGACGGAACGACCGAGCAGCACCACGACUCAACAGACGACCAGAACCACGUGGCCCACGUGGACCUGGACCAGCCAGAAACCCAGCAAAGUUCCAGAAAGUGUAACAAAGCCUACCACAACUCAAAAACCAAGUAUAGCGCCUAGCAGCACUACGACUACAUCGAGUUCUUGUCACGGAAUUUCGACUGACUGUGCGACGCAAGAACCGAUUGCUACCAGGCCGGAAACAAAUUGUACUAGUGGCGAGUAUUACAGGGAUCCUGCAAAUUGCGAAAAUUAUUAUAGAUGUGUCCGCGGCGAAUUGAAGCGCGAACAAUGUGCACCAGGAUUACACUGGGACGCGAAACGACAACUGUGCGACUGGCCAUCGGCAGCGAAAUGUCAAGCAACAACUGAUUCGACCUUAACAACAAACAAUCCUUCAUGGAGCUCAACAAAGAGGCCAUUCACUACAACUGUCAAAGUUACCAGACCGUCAACGACAACGACGACGACGACGACGACGAUAGCGACCACAAAACUCACUACGUCGAAACCUGCUGUUUCUGUGGAACCGACGCAAAAACCGCAAAAACCAUGUGAACACGGACAAUAUUAUCCCUAUCCAAAUUCGUGCACGAGUUUCCUGGUUUGCGUGAAUGGCAACCUCGUCUCGCAGCAAUGCGGUCCAGGCUUGAAUUGGAACACUGAGAAAAAUAUGUGCGAUUGGGCCUUCAAAAGCCCAUGCACUGAGAAACCUCACAAGAACGCUCUGCUCGUGGACAAGGAUACCGCUCCAGCCGCCUGCGCUUCCGGCAGCUACAGCGGCGUACCGGGUGAUUGCACAAGCUACCAGGCGUGUCUUUGGGGCCGUCAAGAGGUGUUCAGUUGCGCGCCGGGUUUGCACUUUAACAGUGAGACCCGCAUCUGCGAUUGGCCGUCCCGGGCGAAAUGUAUGGAUGACGACGGCGAUAAGGAAAUCACCACGCAGCCGACAGCAACGAUCACAUCCUCCUCUCGACCAUCAGUUUCGCAGAAACCGACCACUCAACCGACAUUUACCACGGAAAGAGCCCCAACUACGUCGACCACAAGUAAACCUACGUCGACUUUGCCUCCGGCGAUUAUAGACCCCGACAAGGUGUCUCCGCUUUCCGGAUACUACAAGGUCGUGUGUUAUUUCACCAAUUGGGCCUGGUACCGACGUGGAAUCGGCCGUUACUUGCCGGAACACAUCGAUCACACCCUGUGCACGCAUAUCGUUUACGGAUUCGCGGUGCUCGAUUAUUCGGAGCUGGUGAUCAAGGCGCACGAUUCCUGGGCAGACUACGACAAUCGUUUCUACGAGCGAGUGGUAGCGUACAAAAAGCGAGGUCUUAAGGUGCUUCUCGCGCUAGGUGGGUGGAACGACUCGGCCGGCGACAAAUACAGCAGACUUGUGAACAGCCCAUCCGCUAGGAAGAAGUUCAUUGCUCAUGCUAUUCAAUUUAUCGAAAAAUACGGUUUUGACGGAUUGGACUUGGAUUGGGAGUAUCCCGUUUGCUGGCAGGUGAAUUGCAAUAAGGGCCCAGAUUCGGAUAAAGAAAGCUUUGCAACCCUGUUGCGGGAAUUAAGCGCUGAAUUCAAGCCAAAGGGUUUGCUCCUCUCGGCAGCGGUCUCACCGAGUAAGAAAGUAAUCGACAAAGGUUACGAUGUGCCGGCAUUGGCCAAGUAUCUGGAUUGGAUCUCCGUCAUGGCCUACGAUUAUCACGGACAAUGGGAUAAACGAACUGGUCACGUUGCGCCUUUGUAUUAUCACCCGGACGACGAGUUCUACUACUUCAACGGUAAUUAUUCAAUCAAUUAUUGGAUCUCGAAGGGCGCGCCACCCAGAAGCAUUGUCAUGGGUAUGCCGUUGUACGGACAAUCCUUCACAAUCAACGAUCCAAAAGCUGGGACUGGUCUGAAUUCUCCGGCGAGUGCCGGUAAUGCUGGAGAGUUCACCAGAGCUGCUGGUUUUCUAUCUUACUACGAGAUUUGCGAUCGAGUGCGUAAUCGCGGUUGGACGGUGGUGCAGGAUCCCGAAGGUAGAAUGGGUCCUUACGCCUACAAGGGCAGUCAAUGGGUCAGCUUCGACGAUGCAAAAAUGAUCAGGCGAAAAGCGCAGUUUGUGCGCGACAUGGGUCUGGGCGGUGGUAUGGUGUGGGCCCUGGAUCUGGACGAUUUCCGCGGACGAUGUAACGAGGGUGCCCAUCCAUUAAUGCACACAAUCCAGCAAGUGCUGGCGGAACCAGCGAAUGGGCGCGACAAGCCCCUCAAGCCUGUGUCGCCACCGGCACCGCCACCGACAACGUUGACUGUCAAGCCUACGCAAGCGAUACGGCCGACUACUACAGUGGACCGCGUUACGCAUGACAGUCCCAAGAGUGAUGAGUUUAAAAUGAUCUGCUAUUUUACUAAUUGGGCCUGGUAUCGGCAGGAGGGCGGCAAAUUCGUGCCGGAGGAUAUAGAUCCCGAUCUCUGCACUCACGUGCUUUACGGAUUUUCCGUGCUCGACGGUAGCAGUUUAACGAUAAAAUCCCACGAUCCCUGGGCCGACAUAGAUAACAAGUUUUACGAGAGAGUGGCGGCGUUUAAAGCAAAAGGUCUGAAGGUACUGAUGGCGCUAGGCGGUUGGAAUGAUUCGGCCGGUGACAAGUACAGCAAACUGGUGAAUUCGCCGUCGGCCAGGCGAAGAUUCAUCUCGCAAGUUCUCGUUUUCCUCGAGAAGUACGGUUUUGAGGGCCUCGAUCUCGAUUGGGAGUAUCCGGUGUGCUGGCAAGUGGAUUGCAACAAAGGUCCAGAAUCUGACAAGCGAAGCUUCGCUGAGCUGGUGAAAGAGUUGAGCGAUGAAUUUAAGCCACGAGGAUUGCUUCUUUCUGCGGCCGUCUCGCCGAGUAAAAGGGUGAUUGACGCGGGAUACGACGUUCCCGUUUUAUCUAAGUACCUGGACUGGAUAUCUGUGAUGACGUACGAUUUCCAUGGUCAAUGGGACAAGAAGACCGGCCACGUAGCACCAUUGUAUCAUCUUCCGAACGACUGGGAACCGACAUUUAAUGCCAACUUUUCAAUUCAUUAUUGGAUAGAAAAGGGUGCAAAUCCGAAAAAGUUAAUUAUGGGCGCCCCAUUGUACGGACAAUCAUUUUCACUCGCGGAGAGACAAGUACACGGAUUAAAUGCGCCAACUUACGGUGGCGGCGAGGCUGGGGAAGCGACUAGAGCAAGAGGUUUCUUGUCAUAUUACGAGAUAUGUGAAAGAACAUUGAAAAAGGGAUGGACAGUUAUUCAGGAUAAAGAGAGAAGAAUUGGUCCUUAUGCCUACAAAGGUGACCAGUGGGUGAGUUUCGAUGACGCUCAACAAAUCAAACUGAAGGCAGAACUGAUCAAAAAACUUGGUCUCGGCGGUGGUAUGGUUUGGGCCUUGGAUCUAGACGACUUCAAGAACAGAUGCGGCUGCGAGCCUAGUCCGCUAUUGAGGACAAUGAAUCGAGUUUUGAGAAACUAUCCGAAGGGUCCGCUGUGUCCUAUUACGGAAGGUACAAACACGAUUGUAAUCGACGUCAGCCAAGCCGAUAUCGAAUCUACAACUGUCACCGAACGUCCAAUAUAUGAACCCACUACAUCAGAAAAACCAAUAUAUAUUCCACCAUCAAUUCCGAUAACGACGACUGAAUCAGAUAUUGACGAUACCAUCGAAAUCGAAGCCAGCCCGCCACCUGCAGCGGACUGCGGAGGACAUUUAUUCAUACCGCACAAGGACGACUGCACCAAAUAUUAUCUGUGCAACUUCGGUAAGAUCUCGGAACAGUCCUGUCCACCUGGACUCUACUGGAAUGAAGACCGAUGCGACUGGCCGGAGAACACCAAGUGCAGGAAUGCUCAACGUCAAAGCAGUCUAUCGCCGAAACUUAGAGUCGCCAGGGAUGUAAAAAAUGAGAAGAAGGUGGUUUGUUACUAUACGAAUUGGGCUUGGAGGCGGACAAGCUUCGGUAGCUUCACUCCCGAGGACAUCGACGGGCAGCUCUGCACACACAUCGUAUAUGCUUUUGCUACACUGGACGCAGAAACGUUUCUCUUGAACAUCGAUGAUUCCGCUGAGGUCUACAGGAGAUUUCUCAACAAAACGGCGGAAAUUAAAAGAAAAAACGGGGUUAAAGUGUUGCUCGGUCUAGGUGGGUGGAACGACUCAAAGGACGACAAGUACAGCAGACUGGCCAACAGUUCGCAAUCGACUAGAAAAAGUUUCGCUGAAUAUGUCGUAAGGAUCAUCGAGCAGUACGAAUUCGAUGGACUGGAUCUUGAUUGGGAAUUUCCUGUUUGCUGGCAGGGCGAUUGUAGCCGCGGUCCUCAGCAGGACAGCGAAAACUUCGUCGGACUUCUCGAAGAUCUCAGCGAAGCGUUAAGGUCUAGAGAACUCCUGUUAUCCAUCGCGGUCUCGGCCAGCAAGAUCGUCGUCGACCGGGGCUACGUCAACAUCCCGCUCAUAGCACAAUACGUCGAUUGGAUCAACGUGGUGACGUAUGACUAUCACUCUGGCUGGGGAAGCGAAACCGGCCACGUCGCACCGCUCUACCGUCACCCCAACGACAUCAGCCCAUUCCUGAACGCGAACUUCUCCGUGAGGUACUGGAUCAGCAAGGGUGUACCGGCCGAAAUGAUCGUCAUGGGCAUACCCACCUACGGGUCAAGCUUCACCUUGUCCGAGGAAUCGCAGAAUCAGGUUGGGCUUUCGCAGCCGGGCUUCCGGUCGAAAGCAUCUGGACCCGGAGAACCUGGAAAGUUGACGAAAUCAGCUGGUUUCCUAGCUUAUCACGAGAUAUGCGAUAACGUGAAGAAUGACGGCUGGUCCGUGACGAAGGAUCCAAAGGGUCGCGUGGGACCAUACGCGUCGAAACAUGAUCAAUGGGUCAGCUACGACGAUGUAUCCAAUGUAGCGAAAAAGGCUGAACUGAUAAAGGAGCUGAAUCUCGGCGGCGGAAUGAUCUGGUCCAUGGACCUGGACGACUUCAAGGGCCUGUGCGAAUGCGGAAGGUAUCCACUCCUGACGGCACUGAAUCGCGGACUCGGAAAAGGGCACGGUCACCCGACAGAUUGCACUUGAACUGCGAAAAUUGCAAUGCAAACGAAAGGACGAUAACGCGUGCGUUCGAGUCUUCUUAUCGCUCAUAUGAACUCGACUCUUUAUUCGGCAACGCAAUUUUAUUUCUUAUCUUUAUGUAUUUGCCAUCGCGGCCAAAUCUCUCUUAUCAACGCUCUUUUUCGCUAAAUAUAUAAAUAUUACAAUUUAAUAAUUUAGUUAGUUUAGUUGAAAAAACGACGUACGAGGAUCGGCUGCUCUUCCGUUCGAUUGUUAUACCAGAGAUAUCUUAAACUCUUCUGCCGAGUAAAGAGUUAACAUGAAAUAUAUCGUUAAGUUACGCAAAUUGCUCAAUACAGAUAAAAGAUAUUGCAUUUACAACAAACGCCUUCUGUAAAAGCAACAUAGGAAUGCUGCGAAUAGUAUCAUCUCGAGUGUGUCAUCUUAUCGAUGAUCGUGCGCUUCUUCCAUCCAGAGACUGUAUUAACACAGGUGAUACGUUAGACUCCAUUGUAUGUCGUUCAAUCAUCCAUCAUAAUAUGGAUAAAGCAAACGAAAUAGCGCCAGUGGCUCACUGGAAAUUUUCGAUCGAUUAUGUAAGAUUCUCGCGCGACGUUUAAAUCGGAUAAAAAUUUUUCGCGUUAGAUAAGAUACUUUAAUACCAUUAUACGGCAUACGAAUGUUUUAAUAAUGCGACAAUAUAUUACGACACUCUUCCGGAUGACGUGAAUGAAAGCUUUGUGAAGUAGGAGAGAAGGAAAAGCGAGAGAGAAAGCAAUAUUCGUAUGCAUCACGAACAAAGUUUCCUUCUGUGCGCGUGUGUGUGUGUGUGUGCUUUUAUGUCAUCUGUGAAGAUUAGGAUUCUCGUUCUAGCGUAAAUGUUUUGUAAUUAAUCCUGCCAUAUGCAUUUAUCAAGAAUAUGACUGUCGAAGUAAGUAAGAAUAAUUAAGAUUAAAGUAAGAUAAAUUAUCUAUGACUGCUGCAAUGUUUAUAAACAUAUUGCUGAAUCAAUAAAUCAUUGUACCAAAAUA